GUUAUUCGAAAAGUUAAAACAUGGAUCUGCGAGAACCAAAGAGGAAAAGAACGAAGUUAAAGCCACGAUUGCCAUUUCCCAUCCUAUUGAAUGAAACACAAGAAUGGCCAAUGUACACUGCGCAUCUCACAGAUGUAGGAUCUUGUAUAAUUGAACCUGAAGAGAUGACUGCAGUACAUUCUAUGGGAUUUUUUGGUAAAGGAUCGUUAUCACGUAGUUAUCCUUCGUUUGGCAAAGCAAGGUAUGGAGCACCACCAGUUGUUCGGAACAGACAAUGGCUUUGCAGACAAAAAUGGCUCAAGGAAGUCCAAGAAUUGAACUCCACCGAAUACAAAGAUGAUAAAGCAAUCUCUCAAUAUGAGGAAAGAAAUAUCCCGGAUGAAGAGAACAUUAAUGACAUUAUUGAAAUUCCAUCAAAUUCUAUUGAAAACGGGAGCAAGCAGAGAAACGAGAUGAACACAAAGAACAUCGAAAUCGAUGAAGUCACUCUAGAUUCUGCAGAAGAGGACGACAUAUGUGUUAUUGUUAAUAGAGACUCAGUUCAAUGUGAUAACGCUGAAAGUUCAUCAAGUACUCACGAUGAUAAGAACAGCUCGGAAGACAGACUAGAAGUGGAAGAUCAGUGGAAAUUGUACUACGAUUUUAAAAGCGAUUGUAUGAACGAGGAUGACAGUCAACAUGGAAAAUUAUUAGUAUUGCCAGAUAUUGACUCAGACACUGAGAAUUAUUUGAAAAAUAUUAAACCAAAAAUCGAGAACGAGGGUUUUCCCAUUCGAGAGGCUCUGCAUCUCACUUUUGAAGAGACCUUUUUUCUCCUUUUUGGGUUAGGUUGCUUGCAACUGAUUCACUUCGACGGUAGUCUACUGGACAUCAACAGCGCAUGGUUAUACUUUUGCAAGGAGAAGCCAGAUUUUAUACAGAAAUAUGUAGUUUACCAUUAUUACAGGAGCAAAGGUUGGGUUGUCAAACCCGGCUUAAAAUAUGGUGGUGAUUUCUUGCUUUAUAAAGAGGGACCACCGUUUUAUCAUGCUUCUUACAUCGUUAUAAUAGAAGUAGCAGAUGCAGAUUCUUUAGUUAUAGAUCCUACUAUGUCUUCACGAUCCAUAACGUGGAAUAAUUUGUUUGGAUUUGAAAGACUGUCCGAAACCGCUGCUAAGGAAAUACUUUUCGCGCAAGUUUUAUGGCCGUCGUCGGUAUCUCGAGAUAUCAGCACGACUAGUCCCGAAAUACUUUCCGAAUUCACAGUGAGAGAAUUACUCUGGCGUAGAUGGAAUCCGAAACAACAUCGAGAAGACAUUCCCAUUGAAGAAGAGGACGAAGAUUCAUACUGAAAGAUUUUU